UGGGGGGGAAGGGAGAGGCGUACCCACGGGUCGCCCCGGUGCACUGGGAUCUUCGGCCUCUGCAACUGGCCUCCAGGGAGGUCAGCAUCCGCGUCCUUUCCCGGCUUGUGCGUCCUCGGUCCCCUCCCCUCCCGCAGCCUCGGGUUCCCCUCGGGAGUCACAGCCCGCCGAGCCGGCGCGCUUAGGCUCCGGGUCGGGUAAACACCGCGCGGGAGGGGCGCGGGCCGAGAAGGGCGGGGCGCACCGGGGCCCCUCGGCGCGGGCCGGACGGAGGGGACAGGGGGCGGGGGCAGGAAGCCAGCCGCGGUCCGGCGCGGCCCCGUGACGUCGCUUGGCUUCCAGGGAUCUCUCCCCGAGGCCCACGGGUCCCCUCCUCCCGCCCUCCUCCGGCGCCUCGCUUCCAGCCUGGGCCGGCAUUCUGCUCGCAGCUUGCAGGCUGCUCCUCCGACCCUGCCUCCCUCUUCCCCGCUCUUCUCCCUUCUCCUUCCCUUUCCGACCCUCUGUUUCUCUCUCCUCACGCUUCUCUGCUCUGCCUCUCUGAUCCAGAUCUAGUCUCCCCCCUCUUUUCUUUUCUCUCUCCUUCCUCACCCCCUCCCGCCGCUCCCCCUGCCUCCCUCCGUCUUUCUGUUUUUCUCCCCGUCGCCCUCUCGGUUUCUUCCCUCCCUCCCUCCGGGUUUCCUCCCCCCCCCGCCCUCCCUCCUCCUCGCUCCCCUCCCCCUCGGCCGCUUGCAGCUCUCCAGUCCCCUAGUCGCUGCCGCCGCCCGCACCCGCGGCAGGACCGGCCCGCGCGCUCCCCGGGGUGCGCCCCCCUCGGUCCCGCGCCCUCCGGGCUCGCAGGGACACCCUCCUCCCCGCGCGUCGAGGCCCCGCCCGGCUCGGCCCCCGCCCCGCGCCCGAGCGCGCCGAGGAUGUGAGUCCUGCCCGCCGCCGCCGGAGCAGCCGCCACUCGCGCGCGGAGCCCGAGCGCAGCGCAGCUCAGCUGCGGGCGCUCGCUGGGUCGCUCGCGCGGGCUGCGCGCUCCUGCCCCAAGCGGUGUCCCCCGGCCUCUCGCCGGCCCCAGCGCCGCGGCAGCCCCGAGGGCCGUCCCCGGCCGGCCAUCCCCGGCCCCAGCGCCGCUGACCCUGUCCUCCGCGGGCGGGGACGCGGGCGGAGGAGGUGCCGCCUCGGAGCCCCCGGACGCGACCAUGUCGGAGGUGCUGCCCUACGGCGACGAGAAGCUGAGCCCCUACGGCGACGGCGGCGACGUGGGCCAGAUCUUCUCGUGCCGCCUGCAGGACACCAACAACUUCUUCGGCGCCGGGCAGAACAAGCGGCCGCCCAAGCUGGGCCAGAUCGGCAGGAGCAAGCGCGUUGUUAUUGAAGAUGAUAGGAUUGAUGACGUGCUGAAAAAUAUGACCGACAAGGCACCUCCUGGUGUCUAACUGCCCCAAAGACAAUGAGUUGAGGGAAAGAAAAAGAAGAGUGGCGGGCCGUAACAGUUAUUGACAAAAGCAUGAGGAGGAGAAAGCACUUUGAAAUUUAUUAUUAGAUUGCUACCUACGAUGAAAUCAACAACCUGUGUCUCAUGUCAGGCCGGGAGACAGAUGAGGUGGGAGGAAGAGGAGGAGAAGGCUCUGGGCUCCUCUACAAAAAUAAAAGUUAAAAAAAAACCGACAUAAAAAAAAUCACUAUAUGCACACAUAUAAAGAAAAAAUCACUGUAUACACACAUAUAAAGAAAAAAGUCUCAGUUGCGGCUAUUUGUCAGAAUCAAUACCUGUUUCUUUUUAUAUAUGGUAAAUAUUGUGCAAUUCUCGAUCUGGAGUUUGAACCACUUCCUGAAGCAGCAGCGAGUACUUGAAGGUGCUUGCCGUCUCUGCUGAUUUGGCUGUUCCCAAUGUUUACAUUAUUUAAUCUUGCAGAAAUGAUCCUGUGCACUUGGAUGUGACAUGCUGUCCAGUUUUAUUAUUUUUUUAAAAAUGUUGUUUAUUCUUGGAUGUACAAAAGAAAAUCGGGGAAAACGAUCUCUGUAGAAACCAUUUUACUUGGGUCACCUUCUGGAGUUCUCGGACAUGCGUUUCAGAGCAGAAGGGAACUUUUCUGUGGACCGACGCUGAAGGAGAAUCCUUGUCUUGUUUUAAAGAGGUGGACUGUGCAGCUUGUGUUUCCUUGUUGCAGCAAAGCUUUUUGCCCGGGUUAAACUCCAACAACACGUUUUAUAUGUCAGAAAGAAAAAAAAGACAAAGAAAAAUAAUGCUUGAGUAUUUUCUAACCUCCCCUGGAGUCUGUUGUGUGAGCCCCCUCUUUCAUUCCCAAACAGUGUGUCACUUUAUUCUCUUUAAUGAACUGUAAAAAACAAAAAAUCAAAUGUAAUCACAAGAGUGCCAAAUAUCCUGAAACGCCAAAAGGCAUUUUGGUUUCUUUUUUCCCCUGUGCUCUGAGUCCAUGUGCAGGAAUGCUCGGAGUGUUGCUCCUGUUGUUUGUAGGGUUCUCUUAAGGCUCGCCAGUUGCCUGUUUGCAUGGUAUUUGCAAAAAAAAUGCCUCUUGCGUGAGGAAUCUUUUACCAUCUUUUUUUUUUUUUUUUGGUUUGUUUGCAACUUUGGACCUCAAGGGGUCCCCACCCCCAGUUCCUUCUUUUCUUGGUUUCACAUUCUGUAUGUUGCACCUUGAACCCGCACACAGGGCUAUUUCUCCAAUGUACAAUAAAGAACUCUUCCUGUGUCUCUCUC